CGUGAGUUUCGUGUUGGGUGUUAUAAUCGCAAGUUCAAGUUCAAGACCAGAAUAAAAGUGCAGAAUAAAUUUCUUUGUGCAUUCGAGCAUUUUUUUAUUCAAAUUAGCGAUAAUCAUGCCGUCGUACCAAUUCUUUCUGCGAAUGAUAUUAAUUUCUCUAAGCAUAAUUUACAAAUUAUCAGCAGCUUACCCUGCAUUUCCGGUUCAACGUUACAAUACAAAUUCUCCACGACUAUCUGUAGUAGAAUGGGACCAAUACAACGAGCGCGACGUGCAAGGACCUGAUACCUACGCAUUUGGUUACGACGUGCAGAACCCGGACACUGAUGAUGUUCACUUCCGACAUGAAGAACGUCUAGCAAACGGAACGGUAGUUGGUAGUUAUGGUUAUGUAACACCCGAUGGAAAUGCGCAUGUUGUCAGAUACAUCGCAGAUGAAAGAGGCUACAGGGCCACGAUUGAGUCCGGAAGGCGUCUUAAUGACGUGAAACCAAUUCGUGUGGAUGUGGACCAAGCGUUGGCGGACGAACUCGCCACGGCUGAAUUAGCACUACAGAAUGAUGAUUUAGCAAAAGUUGCGAAAUAUGACAGCGGGAGUAAGAAAUACAUCACGCAGAGAAUAAAACCUCAAAGAUAUAAUAAUAAUAAUAAUAAUGUUAAUAUUAAUAAUAGAAGAGAACAUGUUUAUGCUGUGAGUAACAAUUUAGCACAAGCAGUACCUUUAAAUGGCAAUUAUUAUAAAUGGAAUUAUUAA